GCUUACUUUGAUUUAAAGCUUCCAAUUUUGACGUGUUAAAAAACAAGAUGUAAUUGAGUCGAGUGCGUGUGCAAAACGGACGCUGAUGCGAGUGUCGGAGCGAAAGCGAAAGCGAAGAAAGCGACGGGCUCCGAAAAAAUGCAGCGCCGCUGACAACAACUUCCAUCUGGCUCCCGCUCGCAGAAUCUGAUUGGAAAUUCAAGCUAAAGCUCCCGCUAUGAAGAAGAGAAGUUUGUUUCUUCAGCUCGUGAAAAGCAGUGUCCGGCAGACGCGCGGAAUAUUGGGCCCCCGCUAGACUCCCAAGAUGAACGUUUCUGUCCCCCAAUGCAUAACGGGAUGCUGAACCGGAGGAACCCCGAGCUCCAUGAGGAGCCUCAGAUCCAGACGGCGAUGGCGGUGGGCGACCUGUACACGGUACGCCGCAUGCUGGAGCUCGGCUACUCGCCCACCGUCCGCGACACCAACGGCUGGACUCUGCUGCACUUCUCUGCCGCCAAGGGCAAGGAGCGAUGUGUCCGCAUCUUCCUGGAGCACGGAGCGGACCCGACGGUGAAGGACUUCAUCGGGGGCUUCACGGCGCUGCACUACGCGGCCAUGCACGGGCGCGCCCGCAUCGCCCGCCUGAUGCUGGAGUCGGACUUUCGCGGCGACAUCAUGGACGCUAAGAGCUACGACGGCUGGACCCCGCUGCACGUGGCGGCCCACUACGGGCGCGACUCCUUCGUGCGUCUGCUGCUGGAGUUCGGGGCGGCAGUGGACCCGCUGAGCGAAAAGGGCACCACGCCGCUGCAGCUGGCCAUUAUCCGCGAGCGCUCCAGCUGCGUGCGCAUCCUGCUGGACUGCGGCGCCAACAUCGACAUCCAGAAUGGCUUCCUGCUGCGCUACGCCGUCAGCAAGGGCAACCACCCGUACUGCCGCAUGUUCCUCCAGCGCGGCGCCGACACCAACCUGGGCCGGCUGGAGGACGGGCAGACGCCGCUGCAUCUGUCGGCGCUGCGCGACGACGUGCUGUGCGCGCAGAUGCUUUACGCUUACGGCGCCGACGCCAACACCCGCAACUACGAGGGGCAGACGCCCGCCGCCGUCUCCGUCAGCAUGUCGCGACACAGCAGACCCUGUCUGGACUUCCUACAGGACGUCACCAGACACCCCCGGAGCCUUCAGGACGUGUGUCGCAUCAAGAUCCGCCAGUGCAUCGGCCUGCAGCGGCUGCGGCUGCUGGAGGAGCUUCCCAUCGCCAAGGUCAUGAAGGACUAUCUGAAGCACAAGUUUUAACUCCGCCUAUGCAAAGACUCCGCCUCCCGGAAGCGACUCCACCCACGGCGGGCAUGUAAAUACGUCACAGAUAUUUUUCUACUUUUAUUUAAGUCUCAUGCCAAUAAGGUGGGUGAAAGUGAGCCCUGAAUUAAUUUAUUUUCUUUAUAACGGACACAAAACAGUGACAAUCGGUGUGUGUCACCGUGACAACAAGAAUUGCGUGUGUGUGCGUGUUUAUGUGUGUGGAACGUCUGCGGGCGGCGGUGUGCCGGUGUCAUUUUUAGGAUGGUGUCAAUUUCUCACUUUCACAAUAAAACGCUAGAGGAUUUGGUUUAUUUUAUUUCUCUUGGUGGUCAAAAUCAACAAGAUGUGGUAGCUAAUGAGGUCAUUGAUGAUAGCUCUUGUUGCAUACAUACAAAAGCUAUCAUCAACUAACUACACUAUCAUCAAUAUAUUCACAUAAUUUGCUCAUAAAAUAUUUCAGGUAAUUUCCCCUAGGUUUUUUGGAAUCUGGUGGCUGGCUGCAACGGAGUCGUACAGAGCCCAUGGAUGAAGAAACCAAAAAAUAAACAAACAAAUAAAUAAAUAAAAACAGUGCCCGAAAGGGACACCUGAAUUUUUUUUCUGUCGAAGCAAAAAAAAAUAAAAAAUGCCCCUGAAACAAAAAAUUACGACGGAGGAUUAGGGCCAAAUCAAGGAGAGAGAAAAAAAAAAAGAAAAGGACGACGAGAUUAAAACCGUACUGGUACUACAAGACUAAACUCAUUACAUAGCGUAACCGCUACGCACAUUACGUACAUGUACCGUAGCUGAGCGCUACGACGAAGCAUCAAUAUAAAGCAAUCUAUUGAUUAUAAUUUUAUGUAGAUGAUCCAAAAGAUAACGUGUUUCUUUAUUUAUGAAGCAAAUUAUAAAAUAUAGGCUCAGGAAAAGCACAAUAUCACCCGAAUACGCUAUGACGUCACUUACGGCGUACGUAACGUUAUAUUGACUUGGAACAACAGCGUGCAUCUCGAGAGCGGUGGUGAUUCUGUACUUCUGGAUUGUUUCAAAAAGACGUUUUGGUGCAUUGGCAUCAAAUUACAAUCAAUAUAAAGAGUCAUACACGUCGUGGCUCCCAGCCAAGGUAGGGUAACUUGUUAUUUUAAGUACUUGAUAUAAUAUCCGUCGUAAUCACACACAAAGCUUUCACUUCAUUAAGUUUUCACCGUCAAUUGCAGCCAAUGAGAAAAUACUGUGAUAGGGCCAAAUGUACGUUUUAUUUAUAUUAAAAGGUAAUACUCAAACGUACGUUUUGCUCGAUGUAUUUAUAUCAAAAGUAAUAAUUUAUGUAUCGUGAAUCUUCACAAUUCUUCUACAUGGUGUGUCUGUAUAUCCAUUUUUCAGUUCUUCCCGAGCGCUUACAUGUUUUGCAUCUUCUCAUUUUUGUCUUCCGAGUUCCCGAUUUUCUUGUUUAUUCAAUUCCACCGAUCCAAGAUGGCAAAGAACUUGUUGGAAAUUGUGACUUUCCUGAGACGUCGGGGUGUAUCAGAGGAAACAAUCAAUUGAAUUGAACAGCAAAAGAUUGACAGCGAGGUCAUCCUACUGAUGGAAGAUGCUCAACUGGCGAAUUAUCUCCCAUCAUAUGGAGACAGGAUUGCUCUCUUUAACUUUUGCAAUCACCAACCACAGUCAUCAAAGCGAAAGCAGGGACUGUUUGAAAAGCUAAGUGAGAAGCUCAAACUUAGAAAGGAAAACCAUACAGAGAGUGAGGAAGCAACCACCUCCAAUAAAACAAAAACACCUAAACCAAAAACAAGAAAGCUAGGGUGGAUUCACACUGAAGGCCAACUGACCAAACAAAUCAGAGCAAAACAAGGCGGAGGGACAAGAAAGAUCUCAAUUCGAAGUGAAGAAGGUUAUAGUGAGAUACUAAAACAAGGAAAAGUCACUUUUCUUUCGAUACUUUUCUAGUCGAUAUUUUGACGACGAAUGUUGCUGAUUCCAUUCAGUUUUAAAUACUCAAACUGUUCUUUUUAAAAUCACUCCAUGAAGGGAAUACUGUAUUCACAUAAUCAGAAACACAAUUGUUCAAUACCAACGUUUACAGUUUUACUACGUUAAAUGUACAGUAGUCUGCUACUGCACCAUAUUUACAGAGAUGACAGUUUUACUGUUACACGUAGAUAUCACAUUACGAUGUUGUGUACGAUGUUACAGUGAAUCUUUAAAGAAGACCAGUAUUACAAUGCUACAUGUAAACAGUAUAUGUAACUGUUACAAAUCAUUCUUAUUAUUUACAAUGUACCAUUAUUUACAAUGUUAUAUGUGUAUAUAUAUACAGUGGGGAGAACAAGUAUUUGAUACACUGACAAUGGGAAAACCCAUUGGCAGUGUAUCAAAUACUUGUUCUCCCCACUGUAUGUAACAGUGGCUUGGUAAUGUAACUGUUUAACAGGUAAUUAUGCUAUUUACAGAUAAUGUGAAUCAUUGCUUUAAAUUUCACUGCUGCUUUCUUGGGGACCUUGGCUGAGUGAACAUUUCAAAGGGUCGCUCGCAUUUGUUUGUUUUUUUCCACAAGUUCCAUUUACUUUAUAUGUUCAAUAAAA